AUGACUUCCACAGGUGACUAUCCAUCUGGCAUAAAAUUGGCCUUGCUGGUCCUGGCACUCAUAGUCAGUAUAUUUCUGGUGGCAUUGGACAUGAGUAUAGUUGCCACGGCCAUUCCACGUAUCACUCAGGAGUUUAAUAGUUUAGACGAUAUUGGAUGGUAUGGCUCGGCGUUCUUUCUCACUAUAUCGAGCUUUGCGCAGUCCUGGGGCAAGGCUUAUACCUACUUUCCCCUCAAAUGGGUUAUUAUAGCGGCUAUAGUUAUCUUUGAAAUCGGUAGCUUGAUUUGUGGCGUCGCUCAGGAUAGUCGGACACUCAUUAUCGGGAGAGCCAUUUGUGGUGCUGGCGGCGCCGGUGUCACCAAUGGUUGCUACAUCAUCAUUGCCUUCAUCGCUCCGCCGGAGAAGCGUCCUGCUUACACUGGCGUGCUCGGGGCAGUAUAUGGAUUGGCAAGCGUGGCUGGCCCGCUUGUUGGCGGCGCUUUCACAACAAAUGUGACAUGGCGGUGGUGCUUCUAUAUCAACCUCCCUAUCGGUGGAUUUUCCUUGCUUGUGCUCUUCAUUUUCUUCAAAACACCGGCUACAGCGACGCCAAAACCCGCGACUAUCUGGGAAAAGUUCUUGUUUAUGGAUCCGCUAGGUGUCCUACUGGUCACCUGCUCUCUAGUAUGUCUUCUCCUCGCAGUACAAUGGGGUGGCAUUACCAGGCCCUGGGGGUCCUCCGAAGUCAUCGGCUGCCUUGUAGGGUUUAUUGUCAUUCUUAUUGCCUUCGCUGGAACGCAAUGGUGGCAGGGUGAGAAGGCUAUGGCGGUCCCCCGCCUUCUUCUGAAGCGCGACACAAUUUUCCUGUCCCUCUUCAAUUGCUUCCUUGCUGGCUCGUAUUUUACCUUUGUAUAUUAUUUACCCAUCUACUUCCAAUCUAUUGGCAACUUGUCUGCCGCCGCAAGCUCAGUCCGCAGCCUCCCGCUCAUUGUCGGCUCGUCUAUUUUCGGCAUUGUCGCAGGUGCUGCUUUAACUGUCUUUGGAUACUUCCAUAUCUUCCUAUGGAUUGGCUCCGCUCUCUGCACCGUUGCUGGUGGUAUUCUAUACACCCUGUCUUUGGACCUCAGCACGGCCAAGUAUGUUUGCGGCCAGCUUGUUUUUGGUAUUGGCUCAGGCCUUUGCCUGCAAGUGCCAGUCAUGGCUGGGCAGACGUUCGCGAAGCCAGAAGAUACGGCGUCUAUUACAGCAAUCUUGCUCUUCUUCCAAACUCUUGGUGGCACGAUAUUUGUAUCUGUGGCUCAGUCCGUCUUUACCAAUCGCCUCAUAACCAAGCUCCUUUCCCUCUCGUCAACCUAUAAUCCCAACCAAAUUAUUUCCGUGGGCGCCGAUGAUUUACGGUCUCACUUUUCAGGCACUCAGCUCCGAGAUAUUCUGGAUGCCUACCUAACUGGUCUCAGGGCGGCAUGGAUUCUGGGCUUGGCGUGUGCUGGUGUGGCGUUUUUAAGUAGUUUUGGAGCGAAAGUGCGCAAUAUGAGGCAGCCGGCACAUUCGGUUGUCACUGAAGAUCACAAGGGUGCGGAUGGAGAGAUCCAGAUAGCAGGAAGUACAGAGGGAAAGAGUCAGAAAGACGGCAUUUCUGUCAGCACCGCAUAA